AUGCUUGCUGUGUCGCCUUUGAGGAACAGUACUAACAAUGAAAGGGAAAGUGAGAUGGAGGCUUUCUCCAUGGGAGGUGAUGAGUUCCCUGAUAUUUCCAGUGGGAAUUUGCUUGACAGUAUUGAUUUUGAUGAUCUUUUUGUUGGGAUCAGCGAUGGAGAUUUGUUGCCUGAUUUGGAGAUGGACACUGAAAUUCUUGCUGAAUUUUCAAUUAGUAGUGGUGAAGAAUCGGAGAUUAACUCAUCAACUCCUGUAUCUGUGUCAAUUGAGAAAGUGGAUGAUGGCCGGGUCGAAAAAUCAGCCUCGGAUGCUGGUUCGGAGUCGAGCUGCUUGAUUCUUGGAAAGGAAAAUGUGAGUAAAAGGGAAGAAUCAGCUGUAGUUAAUCAAUCUCACAAGGAAGCUGAUAAAAGAAGAAAAUCAUCGGCACAAUCGAAAAAUCAACCGGGCAAGAGGAAGGUGAAGGUGGAUUGGACACCAGAGCUACACAGGCGUUUUGUGCAAGCAGUGGAGCAACUGGGUGUGGAUAAGGCUGUGCCUUCAAGGAUUUUGGAGCUUAUGGGGAUUGAUUGCCUCACUCGCCAUAACAUUGCCAGCCAUCUUCAGAAAUAUCGAUCACAUCGGAAACACUUGCUGGCUCGAGAAGCUGAAGCGGCAAGUUGGAGCCAGAGGCGGCAAAUGUACGGCACCACCGCAGGCAGGGCAAGGAAGAGAGAUGUGAACCCUUGGCUUGCACCCACCAUGGGAUUCCCUCCAAUUACACCAAUUCCACAUUUUAGACCUUUGCAUGUAUGGGGUCACCCCUCGGUCGACCAGUCCAUGAUGAACAUGUGGCCUAAACAUUUAGCCCCUUCGCCGCCUCCUCCAACCCCACCGCCAGCUUGGGUACCAGCUCAACCACCUCAUGCACCACUGCCGCCGGCUGCAGACCCUUUUUGGCUUUCCCACCACCAACAUAUUCCAACACCAGGAACGCCUUGUUUUCCACCACAUAUGCCACCUGCGAGAUUUCCGAGUACACCGGUCCCCGGCAUCCCACCACCUGCCAUAUACAAAAUAGACCCCGGUGUUGGUGUCCCGCCAGUACCCUCUGGACAAACACUGCCUCAGCCUCCAUUGGAUUUUCACCCUUCAAAGGAGAGUAUAGAUGCAGCCAUUGGAGAUGCUCUAUCAAAGCCAUGGCUGCCACUUCCGCUUGGAUUGAAGCCUCCAUCCACUGAUAGUGUUAUGGUGGAACUGCAACAUCAAGGAAUAUCAAAAGUACCACCAUCUUGUGCUUGA